CGCUUUGUUUGGUGCGGAGAAGAAGAAGCAGCAGGGGCAGCGUCUGCGAAAAAGUUUAAAAAUAAACAAAUUCCGUUUUAAAUCAAACUGAUAUUCAAUUUUCCGGGCGCGCAGUCAAAUCGUAGCAGCCCACACACAUACACCAAAGAGAGUCCGUUUCUAAGGCGAAAUUUGUGCUCUCACACGGAACUUGGCCCAUUUCUUCGGGACGCAAUCUCAUAAUUGGGAAUCAUAUCAGUUCGUUCUGUUCACUUCGUCGUGGCGCACGGGAAUCAGACGCCAAGCAGCGCAGAGCUCUCGUAAUGGGGCUUCCUCCAUUCAAUGUCAGCGGCAGCCCAUUCAAUGUGGUUCCCAUUCACAACUACCCGGAGCUUAUGAAAGACACUUGCGCCCUGAUCAACGCAGAGUGGCCGCGAUCGGAAACGGCGCGCAUGCGCUCCCUGGAGGCCUCCUGUGACAGCCUACCCUGCAGCCUGGUGCUGACCACCGAGGGAAUGUGCCGCGUGAUCGCUCACCUCAAGCUCAGCCCGAUCAAUUCCAAGAAGAAGGCCUGCUUCGUGGAGUCCGUGGUGGUGGACAAGCGGCACCGUGGCCAGGGAUUCGGCAAGCUGAUCAUGAAGUUCGCCGAGGACUAUUGCCGCGUCGUGCUGGACCUCAAGACCAUCUAUCUGUCCACCAUCGACCAGGAUGGAUUCUACGAACGCAUUGGCUACGAGUACUGCGCACCCAUUACAAUGUAUGGGCCGCGCCACUGCGAGCUGCCCAGCUUGCAAAAUGCCAAAAAGAAAUACAUGAAGAAGGUCUUAUAGACGUCAACGCCAGUAGUUGUGGGCUUGGCUAAAUUGGGCCAUACCCAGCCCGAUCAGAGAGUGGCAGUGAACUAGUCAAAUUGGCAAAUGCUUGAAAUUCUUUACGGGUUUUACCUGCCAGCAGCUGCUUCGAGCCAUAACCUGUGGAUGCCAGGCAGUCUGCCAAGUGCAUGUGUGAUUGCCUCGUUGCUCUGGCAAAUUGCAAAGCAGCUAAAGCUUUUGAUUCCAUUACACCGAUAAGCAACCAUUCAUUCACCAAGCGCUUGUGUUGAUUUUUAAAUAUUACUUUCCGCAUGUAUUUUUUAAACUUUUUGGUUCUUUUUGUAUGACAAAAGUGAUCCGGGCUGUUCGGUACAUCUAUAAGGCUAAUGUUAAUGUUUAGCAAUUAUAAUUUGUUAUAGUUUUGCUCAAGUGUGUGCAUAAUUGCUCCUAGACAAAAAUCUACCUGCAAUCUACCCGCAAUGGUGAUGAUUAUGAUAAUAAGAAGCUCAAGUAUCUUCCAACGAAACAUAGCAAAUAGACAUAUCGAGCCUUAGCAUUAAGCACUCAACGAAGGGCAAUAACUUCCAAUAAAACGUGUAGAAACUAAA